AUGUGGAAGAUUCGUUACAUUAUUUUAACCUGGCUCGUAUGCUAUUUAACAUCGGCACAAGAGUACUUACCACCCAAACCAAAUGGAGGGGGCAAAAAACCAAUUUCAGAACCAACACUGCCAAUAAAUUAUGAGUUUACUUAUGACGUGCAAGACAAUGCCGUCUCUUUAGACUUCGGACACUCGGAGAAACGAAAAGAUGAUCGGGCGUCUGGAUCUUACCACGUGCUCUUACCCGAUGGUAGAACUCAACUAGUGGAGUACGAAGCUGGCCCAGAUGGAUAUAAGCCACAAGUAAUGUACAUGGGUACGGCUACAUAUCCCACUCAGACUGGAACUGGGACAGGUGGUGACAAGUUUGAAGGUUACCACUACAACGCAGCAUCGAAUAGACAAAGCGUAAGACAAUCUGCUCGCGGUGGAGCUCGACAACCCCCUAUCGCGCCCUCGCCCGCUCCCGCUCCACCCGUGCUAUACGCUCCGGCCGAAAAUACCACAGAGUACAGUGAAAUUAGUCUCGAGAAAUUUUUGCAUAUGUAG